AUGGCACCUUCGCAGCUCAAACGGCUCAAAAACUCCUUAAGAGAGCAAGGUAUUGUCAGGCCACAGAAAUCAAAAAAGCAGAAGAGACAAGCGAGUAAGAAUGACGUCUCAGAAAAAAGCAGAAUACAGCGCGACGGCACCCUACGAAGCAUUCGAGAGCAGUUCAAUCCCUUCGACAUCAGAGCGACGGAGAGGACAAAAUUCGAAGUUGCUAAUCCAAGGAGGAAGACAAUUGUCAGACGGCCUGGCGUCUCCAAGGAGACUGGCGAACAGAAUAGGCGGAAGACGCUUUUGGUAGAGAUUCAACGUCGGAAAAAAGUCGGCGGUAUUGUGGACAGAAGGUUCGGGGAGAACAACCCGUCGAUGACACCAGAGGAGAAAGCAAUUCAGCGAUUUGUUCGAGAAAGAGAAAAAGGAACGAGAAAAAGUGCAGUCUUCGACCUCGAAGAUCCAGAAGAAGAUGCAGAGCUCCAGUAUUUUGGCCAAUCCUUGUCAUUUGGUAACCUUAAGCCUACGGACGACUUUCAGGCAAGCGACCUUUCGGGCUCCGAGGCUAACGCUAGCGAAGGAGAUAUAGAUGAUAGGCCAGCAAAAAGAAGGCGGUAUGAGCAUGAUGACCUGAGCGAAUCUGGAGAAGAACCUCAAGGACAAGAACGAGCUGAACGUCCAAAGAGUAAGAAAGAAGCCAUGGAAGAAGUAAUUGCGAAAUCGAAGUUUCUCAAGUACGAGCGGCAAAAAGCCAGAGAAGACGAUGAUGACCUUCGUACCGAGUUGGACAAAGGGUUGUCUGACUUCUAUGUCACAUUGCGAGGCAAACAGCGUAACCGGAUAGCGUCACCAAAAACCAUUACAGAGGGUCUUGAGAAUGGCGAUAUGAAUCCAGAUCGACUAGCUCUGCUCGAGGGCAAAGAUCGGUCGAAAGCUGAUCAAGAAUACGAUCAACGACUACGUCAGAUGGCUAUAGAUAAGCGUGCUCAACCGACGCUCCCAACCAUGACUGAAGAGGAACAAUUGGAAAAACAAGCUCAGAUUCUUAAAGAGCUUGAAGCUAGGAGAGUCAGAAGGAUGCACGGCAAUUCUGGCAGCAGUGAGUCUGGUGAGUCUGACGGAGAAAUAGAGCCAAAUGGGCUCUUGAAUGGCGAGAGCCAAGACACUGAAGCUUUUGGAAUUGGGAAUGGCCUCUCUGCGGAGCCAAAGCAGUCAAGCCUUGACGUCGAGGAUGAGGACGAAUUUUUCAUUGAGGAUGACUUGAUAACGAAUGACUACUCGGACGCAAGCUCUCUUGACGAGACUGAUAACAAGCUACUUGCUAGUUAUGUUCAAAACAAUGAGGAUGAAGAAUUCUUGGGCAAUUUGCUUUCCGGGGAGGAUGCGGGUAGAACAGAUGUCGACGGCCUGACAUAUGUUGCAAAGAAAGUUCAGGAGAGUGUGGACGGUGUUAGCUUCGUAUUCCAGUGUCCCGAGACACAUGCAGAGUUUCUACAGAUUGCCCAAAAUGCAAGCCCGCAACACUUACCAACUAUCAUCCAAAGGAUACGUGCUUUGUAUCACCCUAAGCUAGCUAGCGAUAACAAGUUGAAGCUAGCUAGAUUCGCAUCAGUCCUUGUGGAUCACAUUCAUUACCUUGGCGAACAUCCAGAACAAACCUUGUUCAUUGUACUCGAAACUCUGAUUCGACAUGUACAUUCCUUGGCUAAGAUGUUCCCAGAGGAUGUUGGUCGCGCCUUUAGAUCAUAUUUCAGAGCUAUCCAAGAUGAGCGAUCUGAUAAUUUGUCAAGCGGUGACCUGGUUCUGUUUACUGCUAUUGGGUCUGUCUUUCCAACGUCAGACCAUUUCCACCAGGUAGUGACGCCAGCAAUGUUGUGUAUGACUCGAUACCUGAAUCAAAAACUUCCUCAGACUUUGGAAGAUCUUACAAGAGGGACUUAUGUUGUCACUCUUUGUCUACACUAUCAGAAGCUCGCGAAGAGAUAUGUUCCGGAGGUCGUGGACUACCUCCUAAACACGCUGACUGCUUUGAUACCAUCCGCCGAAAUCUCAGGCGACUACUUGCGGAGCUCUCUGGCUUUCACCGACACCAUAGGCAGUCCGGUGGAUGGCCGACGCAGUGACGAGGUGAAGCAUAUCCUUCUACGGACACAGAUAGAGCUAGCCAGAAACAUGGCAAAUUUGUGGAGCUCUCUAAAAUCCUUCUGCGAAAUUGUAGACCCGGUCUACCACGCUGUGCGUCGUAUCGCCAGCAAAGUUCAUGCUGAUAUGGUACCCAAUGCUCUUCGUAAGCAAGCACGGCUGGUGUCCGACGAGAUUCAUAAUAUGCUACUACAAUCCCUUUCGAGCCGCAAGCCUCUACGCUUGCACAAUCACAGGCCACUACCUCUCAAAACCUCCAUUCCCAAAUUCGAAGAAUCAUACAAUCCUGACCGCCAUUACGACCCGGAUCCAGAUCGGGCAGCCCAAUCAAAAUUGAAAGCGGAGCAUAAGAAAGAGAGGAAAGGCGCAUUGAGAGAGUUAAGGAAGGAUGCUAGUUUCACAGCGAGACAGAACCUCAGGGAGAGGAAGGAGAAGGAUGAGGCGUAUGACAAAAAAUUCAAGAGGCUGGUGGCGGAGAUCCAGGGAGAAGAAGGACAUGAAGCGAAGGCUUAUGAGCAGGAGAAGAGGUUGAGGAAAGGGAAGAAGUAG